AUGGAAUCCGAUCGGGUCAUCGAAAGUAAUUGGACAGAGACGGUCGAGCAAUUCGAUCAGAUGAAUUUACGAGAUCCACUUUUACGUGGUAUUUAUGGUUAUGGUUUUGAACUACCGUCUGCUAUUCAGCAACGUGCCAUUAAACCAUGCAUAUCAGGCCGAGAUAUUAUUGCACAAGCACAAUCCGGUACUGGAAAAACAGCUACAUUUGCCAUCUCUAUUCUUCAACAACUAGAUCUUGAUUUGAAAGAAUGUCAAGCGCUUAUUUUGGGUCCAACAAGAGAGUUAGCUCAAGCAAUCCAAACAGUUGUAUUGGCGUUAGGUGAUUAUAUGAAUGUCACGUGUCACGCUUGUGUUGGUGGUACAAAUGUUCGUGAUCACAUUAAACGUCUUGAACAAGGCGUUCAAAUUGUUGUUGGAACGCCUGGACGGGUCUUGGAUAUGAUAAAUCGUCAAGCACUUCGUAGUAAACACAUCAAAAUAUUGGUAUUAGACGAAGCUGAUGAAAUAUUGUCGCAAGGUUUUAAAGAGCAAAUUUGUGAUAUUUUUACAACGAUACCUGAAAAUAUUCAGGUCAUUCUCGUAUCUGCCACUUUACCUAGUGAAGUAUUAGAUGUAACAACAAAAUUUAUGAAUGAUCCAAUCAAAAUUGUUAUAAAAAACAAAUAG